AUGUUUUAAUUGUAUGAAAAUGCUGAGAAUUCAACCUAUUCUUUUGAAUUCAAAUUAGAUCUAACUUUAUUGAAUGUAUUGAGAUCAUUCACACAUAAAGAUCAUGAAUUUUAAGAGGGUAUAAAUUAAUUAGAUUUAAGGAUAUUUGGAAUCAAUUUAUGCAUUAUUAUACUAUUAUUAAGGGAAACCAGAGAGUGAAUUGUUUUCAGAAUACUGUACUUAAAAGGGAAAUCACACAAUUGAAUCUCUAAUAUUUUAGGGUAAUUUGUAUUAAAAAAUAUUAAAGUACAUUAUUAUAUUGCAUCUCUGGCAAAUUUAAAUUAAUUGGUAGGAGUAUUAAAGGUAGAUGAGAACAAAGUUAUUCCAUUAUCUAGAAGUGAUAUUAAUAAGACAAAUAUCUUGUCAGUGCAUUCAAUCAAUGAUAGAGUAGGUUCAAUUAAUAGUACAAUAUUGGUGAACAAAUCUUAGACUGUGAAACCAGAGUAUCUUGAUUUAAGAGUGAAGAUCUGUACUUAUGAAAAUAAAGAGGAAGGAGUACUUUCUAUAGAUUACAAUGUGCUUUCAUUGGCUAUAUAAGCUAAAGGUAAGUUGGAUCCAUUAGUAGGAAGUCAUAUGGCAAAUAAAUUGAAUAAGAUGUUUAAAUUAGAAUUAUAUCACAUUUUAUUGCAUUUUGCUGAUAAGAAAGGAUAAGUGACAGAAAAUUAUGAUGAAAGAUGUAUGAUCAUUGUAAAUGGAGUCAGUAAUUUCUCAUUUCAUAAAAAGUAAUAUACAGAUUUAAGAGAUAAAUUUAUUAGACUUUCUUAUGGGAAUGUAGAAAAGAAUGUUGAUGAAAUAACAAAGUUAUUAAUGGAUUUAGAUUAAGAUGUUGGUAAAUCAAUUAUAGCAAGAGAUACAAUAAGUAAUCAUUAUUUGGAAAAAUUAUUGGUUGGUUUAUUGGGAAAUCAAUUAUAAUUGAUUAGAGAUUAAGCAGUUAUUUUAUUGAAUAUUUUAUAUGAUGGUGUUGAUUGGUAAAAAAGAGUACCAUUUAAACCAAAAAUAACAAAAGUUGGAUCUAAAUUUGAUAUACAAUAUUUAUUUGAAUAUGAUUCAUCAUAUCCCUUAAGUUCAAUUGUUAUAUUAUUGAAAAGUUAUAUAUUUGAUUCAGGAUGUAAAUAAAAUAUAGUAUCAUGGCAUAAACCAAAAUUAAGUGAAUAUAGUAUUUAAGGAGAUAAAAAGUUUAUGGCAUUUAAAAUGGAUUUUGGUAGAUUUAAGAGAUGUGGAUUUUAUGAUUGGAAAUUAAUUAGAAUGACAAAUUCUGGUAAAUUGUAGAGUAUUUAGAAAAUUAUGAAUUUGGAUGAAUUAAAAAGUAAUAUUGAAAUUACAUCUCUACAAAUGAUGGAAGCAAAACCAAUUCAAGGAAGAUUUAUAGUUCAUCCUAGAGAUUCUAAGAAUUUACAAAUUCAUGAAAUUUAUGUUGAUUUAUUAGAUGCAAAACCAGAUAAUCAAGGUAAAUUCACAAAAAGAGGAAAUUUUAGAAAGGUUCGUGAAAAAAUACCUGAUUUAGUAUAAUAAGGAAUUAAUUGUGUUUAUUUAAUGGGUACAUUAGAAAGAGAUAAUGGAUAAAUAAUUGAUUAAGACAAAUAAUAAAAAUUAUUUAAGAGACCAGAUGUAAGUCCAUUGGCUAUUACUUGUAGAUUAACACCAAAUUAAAUGUUGGGAGGUAAAGAAGAAUUUAUGUAAUUAAAUAAAGUUGCUUAAUAAAAUAAAUUAAGAAUUAUAGUAGAUAUGGUUACACGUAUAAGUAGUGCAAGACCACAUAGAAAAUAUAGAAAAGAUUUGGUUUAUAGAUUAGAUGAAUAAGGAAGAUAAGUAGCUAUGUUUGGAACUGAUGGAAGAUCUUUGCAUUUUGAAGAUACAAUUAUUUUGAACAAUAGAAAAAAGAGAGUUUGGGAUUUGUUAUUAGAUGAAAUGAUAGAAUUAACAACUUAAUAUAAUAUAUAAGGAGUACAUUUAGAUAAUGGAUCUUCAUGGCCAUAAGUAUUUUCUCUAGAUUUAGAUGAAAUGUAUAGAAAAGACAGUGAUGGAAAUUAAGCAUAUUCAAAUAAAUAAAUCUUUAAUGGAGAAAUCUGUUUAUAAAAUGAGGAUUGUGGUUAUUGGGGUACAAGUGUCAAAAAUUUAUAUCCAAAUCCAUUUUUAGUAAAGAUAUGUAAAUCUUUAUGGAGUAAAUUUCCAAAUUAUUUGAUUGUUGCAGAAGCUUGGGGUGCUAUGGGAGAAUAAGAAGAAAGAGAAAUUAAUCUUAUUUAAAGUGGUGUGAUUCCUAGAUUAUUUAAAUUACCAAUAGCUAUUGCAUCAAUAUUUGGAGAGAAUUUAAAGAAAGAUGGUACAAUGGUAAAAAUGGAAAGAAAGAAUGUUAAUGCAAUUAAAAAAUGGAUAGAAUAUACAGCUAAAUAAUAUCCAUCUGGUAGUAUCAUAGUUUAAAGUACAACUUAUAAUUCAUGGCCUUAUCCUGCUUUAAUAUAUAAGCGAGGCACAUGGGCAGCUGUAGAUUUAUUUUUUACUUUGUAAGAUAUUCCUAUGACUUUUAUGGGAGAAGAAGAAGGAUUUGCAUUUCGUGAAAAAACAACUAAUGUGUUCAAUUAUGUGACAAAACAUGAGAGUUCAGAAAUCAAGUUAUAAGAUCCAACAUAAUAAAAAACACCAUAGAGAUCACUCAAAAGAGCAGAAUCUUAUGUAUAAGUUAAUGAAGAUUAUGGAUUUGGAUAUAAUACAUUAACACAUUAAGUUUAAUUAUAAAUUGCAUAAUCACCUGUAAGACCUAGUAAUAAUGGUUAACCUGUAAGAGUAUAAAGUGGUUCAUCUUUAUCAUAAAUGGAUAUUUCUAAUAUAGCAACAGCUUAAGAGAAUUUUAGAAGAGAAGUAGGACCAUAAUUUGGAUUUGAUUUAUAAUAGAUUGGAAAACAUUAUGUACAUAUUAGAUAAAUGAGAAAAUAACAUAAAGUAUUAAGAAAUGGUCAGAUGGUAUCAUUAUCUGCUGAACAUAUGUAUGGUUGGCAUACACAUGUAUUAGCAUUUGCUAGAUAUUCAAAAGAUGAAAUGGCAUUAAUUGCUAUCAAUUUUAAUGAUGGUGAAAUUGAUAUGUUUAUGAACCUUAGAAAUUUAAGAUAUUAUUUUCCAAAUUCAGAAAGAUCAAAUAUAGUAGUAAGAUUAAGAAAUUGGUCAUAUCCUGAAUUGGAGAAUGAAGAAGUUAGUUAUUUUUAUAUUGGCAAUUUCUUGACAUCUAGAUUAGAAGUACAUCUUAAGAAUUUCUAAUCUUAAAUUUGGGGUGUUGAAAUCUUAGGUAAUAAUUAGGAAGUGUAAUAAAAAGCAUAAAAAAGUGCAUUAAUUAGAUUAUAAUAAAAAAUGUAAUCAAAAAUACCAUUAACUAUUUAUGGUAAUGAUGCUGCAAAUAAGUUGACAUUAUUGACAGAUAACUUAAAUUCUUUAUAAUAAUUUAUUAAUGGAUUUUCUCAUUUUUAUAAUUAAGUAAUUAAACCAAACAACUUUGAUUUAAAUAGAUUAAUCAGUUCAAUGAAGGAUUUCUAAUCUAAUAAAGUAAGAUUGUGUAAAUUAUUUGCAUUCUUUUAAUCAAUACUUGGAACUCAAGACAAAAAUCUACCCUUCUUUGACACCCUAUAAUAAUUAAUUAAUCUUAAUAAAUUAGGAUAAAUUUGUUUUUGUACACCAGAGUUGGGCAAAUGGACUACAACUGGUGGAUUGGGAGUUAUGGUUGAUGAAUUAACAUAAGAAUUAGCCAAAAUGAAUGAAGAAGUAAUCUUGAUCACUCCUUAUUAUCAUAGAAAUAAAAAAGGAGAAACAGGAUAUAUUCUUAGUGAUGGAUUUAAACACAUUAGAAAUAUUGAAAUUUGGAUGUAAGGUGAAAAGAUAAUUUUGGGAGUAUUUGAAGGAGUAUUUAAUGGAGUAAGAUUGUUUUGGUUACAUAAUGAACAAUAUUUCCCAUCUGCUUAUGCUGGAGAAGAUGCUUGUUAUGUUAUGAAAUAAUUAACAGUCUAUGCUAAAGGAUGUUUAGAAUUAUUAUGUUAAAUCUAAUUAAUACCUAAAUUAAUUGUUACAAAUGAUUGGUUCUGUGGUUUAAUUCCAGGAUAUCUUAGAGUAAGAAGAUAUGGUGAAGCCUUUGCUGGUACUAAAUCUUUCCAUAUUGUUCACAAUUUAGAUCCCUUAUAUGAAGGAAGAUUAUAUCCUAAACCUAAUGAAGGAACAUUAGAUUAUAUACAUGAACUUCCUAAUGAUUUCUUAAUUGAUCCAUAUUGGUAAAAUUUAGUUAUAAAUCCAUCCAGAUGUCCAUUAAUUACUUGUGAUAAUUGGGGAACUGUCUCUUAAUCCUAUAAAUAUGAAUUAUUAGAAUCCUCCCCAUUAGCAAGUGUAUUAAGGAGACAUCCUUUACCUUUUGCUUUUCCUAAUGGUAUAAGAAGAGAAUAAAGAUUUAAGGUAAUAAUGGAUAAAACUAAUAAUGAUCAUUUGAAAGCUAAGGAAUAAUUAUAAAAGAAAUAUUUUGGAUGUUCUUAACUUGAAAAUAACAUAGUUGUGUUAGGCUUUGUAGGUAGAGUCACUAAAUAAAAGGGAGUACAUCUCAUAUUGGAAGUAGCAGAAGAACUCAUUUAAAGAAGUCAAGGCACUGUGUAAAUUUUGGUUGGUGGACCUGCUGAUAUGAAAGAAGAAUAUAGUGCAUUUUGUGCUUAGAAUAUGAUUAGAUUAAAAUCUAUAUAUCCUAGAAAUUUCUGGGCUGAUCCAUCUGCAUUCUUUAUGGAUGGUACAUUAGUAAAUGUUGGUUGUGACUUUGGAUUAAUGCCAUCAUUAUUCGAACCUGGAGGUAUAGUGCAACAUGAGUUCUUUAUUGGAAGCACACCUGUUAUUGCCUUUAAAACAGGUGGAUUGAGAGAUACUGUUCAUGAAUAUGAUUAAAAACAAUAAAAGGGAUCUGGAUUUAUUUUUGAUGCUUAUAAUCGAGGAAACUUCCUUUAUGCUAUAGACAGAGCUCUUUAAUUAUAUAAGAAUUAAGAAUAAUAUUCUUAACUUAGAAAAAAUGCUUUUGAUGCAGCCAUUGAUGUUGCUGAUGUGAGUAGAGCAUGGGCUUAGGAAUAUUAUAGGUUAUUUGAUAAGAACUUUAUUGAUAAGGAAUUAGUUUAAUAAUUGGCUGGAUAAAUUUAAUAAGAUUACAAGGAACUAAAAGAAUAAGAACUAUUUGCAAAGGAAGAAGGAAGAGUAAUAAAUUUAAAUAUAAUAUUUUUAGGUAUUUUCUAAUUCAGACAAAACACUUAAGAAUUUUGAAAGGAUUUUGGCUCAUGCAAAGAGAUCUAAUUUGAGAUUACAUUAAUUUGUAUAUCGAUCCACUAGAUUAUUAUAACCAAGAUAAGUAGCAGUUUCUGGCUCAUUUGAUGAAUGGAAAGAAAAACAUAAAUUAAAAUUUGAUCAUUUCUCUAAAGUAUGGAAUGUUACUCUAAAAUUGCUUCCAGGAGAAUAUUAGUAUAAUAUUAAAUAAUAUUUUUUAGUUACAAAUUCUAUGUUGAUGGAGAAUGGAUUUGUACUGAUGAUGAUCUAAAGGAUAAUGACAUCUAUGGAAAUAUAAAUAAUUUUGUUAUCAUCUAAUGAAGGAUAUGAAAAAUCAUAUAAUAUUAAAUAUCAAUUAUACAUUAAAA